CUGCUCUGCUCUGUUGUCACACAUACCCAUCCGCAUGCAGCAGCAGCAGCAGCAGCGAGCUGACGGAAGGACCACAAGUCUCAUUCCGAAGGGUAUCUACAACUCGAUCCAUCCAUCAGCAAUCCGAUCAUCUCCAAGAGCAGGUCGACGAGGCGAGUCCUGAUAAUUGGGCUCGGAGUCUGAGACGGGGAGAGGAGAAUUGGGCGAGAGCGGCGAGGAAGAAAAGAAAAUUCAGUGGAUCGAGGCAUCCGCGAACGAUGGGCAGGGGAAGAGGAUCGUCGACGAAUAUGGGACUCGCUCAAUUGAGCGUUCUAUGGUUGUUGAGCUGGCAGUUCCAGGGGCUCAUGAUCGGCGUCACUUCCCAAGUUCUGUCCACCACUUUCUACGAUUUCACUUGCCCCGUGGCCGAACAAUUGGUCCAGAACACCGUGCAGCAAGCGUUUCUCCUCGACAACACCAUCACCGCCGCCAUCAUUCGACUUCUGUUCCACGACUGCUUCGUCAAUGGAUGUGACGCGUCCAUUAUGCUGGCGGGGCUCAACAGCGAGCAAGUUGCCGUGCCCAAUCUCACCGUGCGAGGCUACGACGUGAUCAACAACGCCAAAGUACAGAUCGAGGCCGUCUGCCCGGGAAUCGUCUCGUGCUCGGACAUUAUCGUCCUCGCUGCUCGGGAUUCCGUAGGUCUGCUCGGAGGGCCGACGUACGACGUCGCGCUGGGGCGACUGGACGGACUUGGGCCGGGGAACGUGGUGCUGCCGACGCCGUCCGACACGGUGGCCACGUCCAUCGGCCAAUUCCUCUUCAACGGGCUCACGGUGGCGGACAUGGUCGUCCUUCUAGGGGCGCAUUCGGUGGGGCAGUCGCAGUGCCAGUUCUUCAACAACCGGCUCUACAACUUCAACAACAGCGGGUUUCCGGACCCGAGCCUGAACGCAACGUUCCUGGCGACGCUGCAGGGCCUGUGCCCGCAGAACGGGUCGGGCAACGCCAACGUGCCACUGGACGACCAGACGGAGUUCGUUCUGGACACCGACUACUACCGCACGAUUCUGGACGGGCGCGGGCUGCUGACCAUCGAUCAGGACCUGGUGGCCGACGCCGGCACGCGCAACGUGGUGGACAACUUGGCCGGCCGCGCCAGCGACCUCAACCUCACCUUCUCCUCCGCCUUCGUCGCGGCCAUGGACAAGAUGUCGCGCAUCGGCCUCAAGACGCUCAUCGACGGCCAGGUCCGCCGCGUCUGCUCCGCCGUCAACUGAUUCUCGCCCCCCACAUUUUUGCUCCGCUGUGUCUCCAUUCUCUCCCUCCCUCCCUCAUGCUCCUGCUCUCAUCCCUCGGCUGCCACACGCUUCAUGCCGCCUUCUCAUUUUUCUUCUCGGUGCUUUGGAUUUCGGAUCUUCAUUUCGGAUCCGAGCCUGCAUUUCGAUUGUCUACGGGAGGACACCCAAUCUGCGCACAUGACAGAUCUUUGUAACUAUAGAUUGCCCAGAGAUUUUCGAGCAAUAAUUUUUACGCAGUUCCUUCUUACUUGUAUAUCUGAGGAAUAAAACUUUAGCGAAAUUUGAGAGAGAGAGAGAGAGAGGAUCAGUUGCUUGGAGUGCGUGCGCGAGUACAUAUGCAAGAAGCUCGAGAAUGGUGCGCGCACACAAUUAGGUGCUAUAGAAGAAGAAGGCAGCAGAUAUUGUAGGACAUUGGCGAGUCGUGUGGGUGGGUACUUCCGCACGAGCAUGCAGAACGACGAAGAGGACGACGACGAACCCGCAAAAUUGAAUCUGAGCUCGAAUUCGACUCGACAAUUAUUGAUUGAUUCAGCUGAGAAGUGCCUCGGCGGACUAUGAAGGAACCGACGAACGACGACAUAUCGAAAACUUAGACGAGAAAUUGAUCGACGACAUACGGAACGAGAGAACGAAUUGAGUUAAUUAGCCUUCGAGUGUACUAUGUGCGUCCACGGACGGACGAUCGGAUGAGUCCGGAGGACUUGACUGACUGACAAUCAGACAGCAGCCUCCUCCCCGGCGGCUGGUCCGGUCUGAUCUGGGCUUCCUAUUUGAGUAAAGCUAUUUCCACUCGAUUCAUCCCCU